AUGGAGAAUAGGAAAGAAACGACGAUUGAGGAAAGAAAACUGGCCGUUAAUCUGUCUAAUCAAGGCAAAUCUUUGAGAAAAAUAGGAGAAAUACUUGGAAGAAUCAUUCAAAAAUUUAGAAAGGAUGGUACGCUGGAAAACCAAGCAGAGAGAGGCAGGAAGAAAAUUCUCAGUUCAGCAGCAGAGAGGAGAAUUGUACACAAGGUAAGGAUUGAUCCUACAAUAAGUGCUCCAAAAAUUGCUGCAAGUACUUCGGAAACUGUGGGUAAAUCUGUUUCUGCAGAAACAGUGCGCAGAAUCCUCAGAAGGGCUGGUUAUAAUGGCAGAAAAGCUCUCAAAAAGCUCUUCAUUAGUAAAAUAAAUAGAGCUAAGAGAUUAAAAUUUGCUAAAGAGCACAUUCUAAAGCCUAAAGAGUUCUGGAAUGAAGUUUUUUCAGCGAUGAGAGUAAAUUUAAUGUUUUUGGCAGUGACGGUCAUCGUAUGGUGUGGUGCAAGAAAAAUUCAGCUUUAG